AACAGCUGACUAUUUUGAUAGAAGCGUCAAUUCAAUCGCGUCAAGUCAAAGGCAAUGUGGAUCUUGUGACUGUGGUUUCGGGUUCUUGCUGGUCAGGUUGGAUCGAAAUAAUUUGGCAAAAUGAAAAGUGUUUACGAGCUGUUGGUGCUGUGAAAACCCCAUUACUCUUUUAAUAUUAUGUGAUUAGAUAGUGAUAUAAUGCACACUUUAUUCGCAACUGGACGCCUUAUAUCUCGCGCUCUGCUAAAUGGAAUUCACAAUUUUUCUACUGCGACAGAUCCGAAGUUACAACAAAAAACUGAGCCUUUUCUCGUUUCUGCCGUUUGUGGAUUUUCAAAGGAGAGAAAAAUACAAAGACUGGUCAAAGGACAAUUCGGCGACGAUGCCUGGUUCUCAGCUAAAUGCAAAUCUGCAGACGUUUUGGGUGUUGCUGAUGGUGUGGGUGGUUGGAGAGCAUACGGCAUCGACCCAGGUGAAUUUUCCCUUCACUUGAUGAAGGCUUGUGAACGAUUAGUCAAUUUAGGUCUGUUCACACCAACCAACCCAUCUGAGUUAUUAGCUAAUAGUUACUACGAACUUUUAAACAAUAAGAAAGCUAUUCUAGGUAGUAGUACGGCUUGUGUGGUGCUUUUAAAUCGAGAAAAUAGCACUCUUUACACGGCGAAUAUAGGCGAUAGUGGCUUCAUGGUCGUUAGAAGAGGCCGCGUGGUUAGAAGAUCCGAAGAACAACAACACUAUUUUAAUACACCUUUUCAACUAUCACUGCCGCCUCCAGGGUACAGAGCCGACGUGCUAAGCGAUCGUCCCGACUCUGCUUCCACAGAUAACAUCCCGGUAGAAGACGGGGAUGUUAUACUAGUAGCUACCGAUGGGGUUUUCGAUAAUUUACCUCAGAAUAUUAUUUUAAACGAGCUUUUAAAGUGUCAAGGAGAAAGAUGUGCUGGUAGACUCCAAAUGGUUGCCAACUCGAUAGCCUGGAUGGCCAGGAGUUUAUCCUUCGACGAGACUUUCAUUUCUCCUUUCGCCGAACGAGCAUUUGCUAACGGUAUCAAUACAAUAGGUGGUAAACCGGAUGAUAUCACAGUGAUUUUGGCAACAGUUGCAAUGUAAUCCAACUGAUAGGCGAAACCUGAACCUCUUUUCAUCGCAUACUCAUUCUUCAUUGAACAUUAUUUUGCUAUUUAUAGUAUUCGUUGUCAUUUAAAAUCAUUUUUUUUUGUUUCAUCAUUUUUUUAAACAUUUAUGUUUUAUUGGAUCUAAAGGUAAUUAGGGUCAAAUUUUCCCUUUAUAUUUUUUUUACUUCCAAAGUCGAUCAAACAAGGUGAAAACCCAAUUUAAGUUUUUAAGUUUCAAAAAUCUAAUUUUUGGAACUAAUAAAGAGAUUCAAUAGUUAACUAAAAAACUAAAUAGAUUGGUUCUUCAUUUUUAGAAAAAGUUUAAUUGUACCUGAAAUACAUAUUUCCUCUAACAAAUAAGCAAAUAUGUGAUUCUUUGGGCUACUUAUGAUUUUAGAAGGCUGUUCAAAUGUUAAUUGUAGUCAUUUUAGUUAUAUUGUGUAGCUAUUUUAAUAAUAUACAAAGUGAAAAUUUAAAAAUGUUUGCGGAAAACUUUUUUUUACUUGAAUUUUGAAACAUUUUGUAAAAAUAAGUAAAUUUAUCUGCGAUAUCCAAUAUCGUUUUAUUUUAUACAGCUUUGAAUUAUCACUCUGUAUAAGUUAAUUUUGUAUUAUGCCAGCCAUAGCACUAAAGUUACCCCAAAGUAUUUGAAAACUUAAAAUUUGUCAGGUACCGAAUUGUUAAUGCCUAAUAUUUAGGUUUGUAAUAAUCAUUUAGUUUUAAUUCUUUUUGUCUUUAGUUAUGAACAAUAACUUUGUCCCACUUGUUUCUUUGCAACUGUGAGUGCCGACUAGUUUCAAAUAAAUAGUUGUUAUUGAAUGAA